AUGACGAUUUGUCGGAGCAUACGCUCAAUAAUUUGGCAACGAAGAUUUCGGCAUUCUUUCAUCACGACACCAAUAUUUUAUGCGAAUUCGGCUCCUCACAUCGGUCAUUUGUACAGUGCGGUAAUCGCCGACGCCGCUCAUCGAUGGGAAAUUCUGAAAGCACCAAACGAAUUGCAUCAAUUCACGACCGGCACCGAUGAACAUGGAUCAAAGAUUGAACGAGCUGCCACUUCUGCAUCCCUUACUCCAAUUGAGCAUUGCGACAAAGUGACGGCACAAUUUCGGGCACUUUUUGAAGCUUUCGACAUCUCUUACACCGAUUAUAUUAGAACGACUGAGGAACGACACAAAAGAGCUGUCAGAGAGUUUUGGACUCGUUUAUCAAAAGCCGGUCACCUCUACAAGGGAAAGUACAGUGGAUGGUACAGUGUGAUCGACGAGUGUUUCUACAAGGAUUCGGAAGUUGAAAAGAUUCGAUCAUUGGAUGGAAAAGAGUCGAGCGUGGCAAAAGAAACCCGAAAUCCGGUGGAAUGGGUCGAUGAGGAGAAUUACAUGUUUCGAUUGAGUGAUUUCAAGGAGAAGACAAAGAAAAUCUUGGAAUCGACUGAAGUGAUUACGCCGACCCAUUUCAAGCCGCUAGCGAUUCGUGAACUGGACGCUUGUGGGGAUUUGUCCGUUUCGAGAGAUUCGACUCGAUUGAAAUGGGGGAUUCCUGUGCCUGAUGAUCCAUCACAAAGAGUUUACGUUUGGCUUGAUGCGCUAAUUAACUAUUUGACGGUGAAUGGGUUUCCAGACAAAAUGCAAUUCCCAGCACCAACUUGUCAGAUCAUUGGAAAGGAUAUUUUACGAUUUCACACGGCUUAUUGGUUCGCUUUUCUACAAGCCCUCAAUUUACCGCUACCGGAACGAUUAUUCGUGCAUGGACAUUGGCUUGUCAACAAUGUCAAGAUGUCGAAAAGCCUUGGCAAUGUGGUGGAUCCAAUGGAAAUUGCCGGUUUGCUUUCAAAUGAUGGACUGCGGUAUUUUCUGCUGAAACAAGGCGUGCCUACGGAUGAUUGCAAUUUCAUGAAGUUGAAAGCGAUCGAGUUGAUCAACAGCGAUUUGGUGAACACGAUCGGGAAUCUGUUACAGCGGAGUACAAUACCAAAAUUGAACCCAGCACAAGUCUAUCCGAUUUUUGACGCAAAGAAAGUUCCCUCAAACUGUGCACAACUGGCGAAAGAGCUUAUCAAUGAUUUGGGCACACUUUCUAAUCGUGUACGAACCCAUUACGAUGAGCUUUAUUUUUAUCGGGGAAUCGAGAUUUUACUAAACAUUGUCCGCAAGACGAACGCUUUCUUUCAAGAGGCUCAACCGUGGAAAUUGAGUGAUCAGGAAGAGAUUUUAACAGUGCUUGCUGUUUCGUAUGAAACACUUCGAAUCACUGCAAUACUUCUCUCACCGAUUGUUCCCAAAUUCUCGGCUCACACACUUUCCAGAUUAUCAAUCAAGCCAAACGAAGCAAAUCUUCAAGAAGCGCAUUUUCGUGGAAUCGGAUGUUUUGGAGGGAAAUUGGGAUCCGAAAAAGAACCAUUUCUAAAUCGAAUCAAGCCUAAUAAU